AUGGCUCAAUCCGUACAGAAAAUAGCUGAACUAGAGGGUAAACUCGCAGAAGCUACUGAAAACCUUAAGGAACUGCAACUCAAAUAUCGCCUUUGUCUCGACAAUUGCGAACAGAUUGAACGAAUUGGUGCAAAAAAAUUGCAUAAUGCGGAAAUGUAUGCCAUUACUCAAUUCGCAAGGGACAUGCUUGAUGUAGCUGAUGCUUUUGAGCUGGCAUUCAAAUCGCUAGGCAAACAGAAGGAUGCCGCUGUGAACACGCAGUUUAUCGAAGGUAUUAAACUUACGGAAGUUCAGCUACACAAGACAUUUGAAAAGUAUGGCAUCAAGCGUUUCGAGAGCGUAAACCAAGUUUUUAACCCAGAGGUUCAUGAAGCUAUGUUCGAGAUAGAGGACGCAAGCGUCGAGAGAAACACUAUUCUCCAGGUAAUUUUCAAUGGCUAUAUGAUUAAGGACCGAGUUCUACGUGCCGCUAAAGUUGGAGUAUCACGCAAAUGA